GAAACGGGUGUUGAUCACGUCGCACCAGAAGAUGUAAAUGUAGCGCGCCAGUUAAUCCAUUUCAGUUUUCAACACACAUUUGUCUGAGAUUUACUGUACAUGACAGUACCACAAACAAAAGACUGAAGACGAGUUGAAUUGCUUGAAUACGACGUAAUGUGGAAACUGCAACCAACCGAAUCUGGAGUCACUGCAGAGGAAAGCUUGUGUCUUCUCCCUGGUCAAGUGUAUGUGGUUGGUCGCAAAAACUGUGAGAUCCUGCUGCCCAAUGACCAGUCCAUCAGCCGUGUGCACGCCCACCUCACUGUCACUGAGCAGGCAAUCACACUGAAGGAUUGCUCUAAAUACGGCACUUUCAUCAAUGAUGAGAAGCUUGAGACUGGCUCCACCAGGACGUUGCAGCCAGGAGACCGACUCACAUUCGGGGUCUUCCAAAGCAAGUUCAGGUUGGAGAAAGAGUGUGUUGUGGUGUGUUCCUCUUGUGUUAAUAAUCAAGGGAAGGUCUCCCUCUCUCAUGAUGUGCGCUCAGUCGGCGGACGCCUCAUCAACUCCUGGACACCUGACUGCACACAUCUCGUUAUGCCCACUGUAAAGGUCACCAUAAAGAUGAUCUGUGCAUUGCUGUGCUGUCGGCACAUAGUAAAGCCUGAAUUCUUCAGUGUGUUUAGCAAAGCUGUGCAGCAGAAACAACCUCUGCCUAAAGCUGAGGGAUUUAGGCCUCAGGUUGAUGAGCCCACCCUGGCUGAAGAGGAUGUGGACCUGAGCUUACGGCCUGAGAGAAAGAGUCUCUUCAAGGGAAAAACCUUUCUGUUUUUGAACUCUAAACAGAUGAAACGUCUGAGUCAAGCAGUGCAUUGUGGAGGCGGGGUAAGCCAGCUUUUGGAGGAGGGGUCUCUGCCCAUUUCACUUCUCGAGGCGAACAGUACUUGUGUAGUUGACAUGAUAUCUGGGAACUCCCAGGCUGUGAUCCUUCCCACUUCCAAGAAAUGGGUGGAGUCUGUGGGCCAGAUUCUGCACAGAAAUGGCUUGCGCUUCAUCAAAGAAUCUGAGAUUGGGUUAGCUGCCAUUCAUGUCAAUAAUCAAACAUACUGCAAUCCCUGCUCAUCUAUAAAUUCUGAAUCUGUGAAAGCAAAGCCAGUCAUUGCUGCCGCAACACUUUCUCAGAACACUGCUGUGGAUGAGACGGCACUUGCAGCACCUUCCCAGAAUAUCACAGCCUAUGUGGUCAACACUGUGCCUUCCCAGAACCCGAGCAGGAUGGAUAUUAGUGGGAUCCAUGCAGUUGGUGAGACUCCAGAGAAGACACGCACCACACAAAGGGCUUUACAGGGCCCCACAGUAUCCAGUAAAAAAUCCCUCGGCCCAGAACCUCCUUCUGCCUGCAUCAUCACUGAGACAGAGAUGUCAUCAGAGAGCUCCAACAAGAAUGAGAAGAAGAAAACAGGUUCUGCUCCCUUGAGCAAGGAGUCAGUGGUACCAGAUGGCUGUCAGAGAUUGACAGCUCCUUCCAGUGGAAACUCCAUGCUAAAACAGUCCCCCCAGAAACAAGCAGCUCUAACAAACUACUUCCAGUCUGUCACCAAGAAAAGACCACGUGAUGAAACUACCAGCUCUGUCCAGUUAGAGGCCAAACACUCCAGAAAAGACGGUGAAAAAAAAGAGGAUGAGCCGAUGAAGGAUUCUAGUCCUUCUAAUUCCCAGCAAAACUCCUCCACCAAUAGAUCUCACAGAACCUCACAUACAGCCCAAAACCAGCGCAGCUCAGUGCCACGAUCUGAAAUCAGUGCCAGUAUGGGUUUGGGCUCUUGUCUGGGUUUGAGCUCAGAUCACAGUUUGGCCCAAAAGGCUCAGGCUGGUAGCUCCAGUCAAAUCUCUAGCAGUAAGAAGAGGAAGGAACCUGAGCAAGACCCAGGCGAACCUGCUGCAGAUGCUGAUUUCGACAUGUCACUUGAAGAGCUUGAGUCCAUCAUGUCUGAUGAGAUGGAUGAGCCCCUGCAGGCAGCAGCUAAUAAGAAACAGUGUCUUGAGACAGGACCGAGCAGCACAGUUAAUAACCCUCAAUUACCGAAUCAGCGAGAGGGCAACAGCAGAAAAAGCACCAAGAAUCAGCAAAGCAGUGCAGAAUACAUUCAGCACUUGCAGUUGGACAAGACAGGCCCAGCUGCAACAAAUCAGGCCUCCGAGAAGCGGUCCGAGAGAUCAUCCAAUCAAGCGCCAGGUUUAGAGAGGGACAUGCAUACUUCAAAAAGACUGGAACUUGAAGAGGUCAAAGAGGACGAAGUAUCCUUUGUUGUGGCUUCAGGGCCCCAAAAUGGCAUUUCCCAGCACUGUGAGGCUGUAGCCAAACAUGAAAUGCAGGCCUCAACUGAGAAUGAUCCUGAGCUGCCCAGGAGGCUCCUACAGAUUCGGUUUAAGUCCCUGACUGUGAGCACCUCCUCCAGAUCAAGACCCACACCUCUACAGACCCAUGAUCCCAAUGGCAAGAAUGUCAAAAGGUUCUGCAAGACAUCUGUCCCUGGAAUUAAGGGGCUGCCCAACAUUAUCGGAGGCACUGAUCUGGUGGCUCACAAUCGCAGCAAGAACUCUGAACUGGAGGAAUGGCUCAAACAGGCAGCAGAGGAGGAAAAACAGAAUGAGCGAGAGGAGACACUGGGUGAUGAUUUGUUCAGGUACAACCCUAGACCUGCCAGGAAAUUAUGAAUAAUGGUUCAUAAUGCUGCCGAUCUCUCUGUCUGAUGGCUGAGAAGACAAGCCCUCUAUAGUCAUGGAGCUCCUAUUUUCUGGCAAUCCCACAAAUAACGAAGGCUAACACCUCAAUGUCCUGCACUCAGCAUGAUAGGGUUUGUUAUUAGCUUGCAAAGCAAAAACAUGUUUCCAUUUUAUAAGAGGUUUAUUUGUCUAGAAUAAAAAUACAGUGUACAAAACAUACAUGUAUAAAUUAAAAGUUUGAGUUUUACAAAAUUGAA